UCGUGUUUCAGUUACUUCCGGGGCGGAUCGGAAGUUGCUUUGUUUUGCUUCAAGAUGGCUGCGGGGAUGUAUUUGGAACAUUAUCUGGACAGUAUCGAAAACCUCCCUUUUGAACUACAGAGAAACUUUCAGCUCAUGAGGGACCUGGACCAAAGAACAGAGGACCUGAAGGCUGAAAUUGACAAGUUGGCCACUGAAUAUAUGAGUAGCGCCCGCAACCUGAGCUCCGAGGAAAAAUUGGCUCUUCUCAAACAGAUCCAGGAAGCCUAUGGCAAAUGCAAGGAAUUUGGUGACGACAAGGUGCAGCUUGCCAUGCAGACCUAUGAGAUGGUGGACAAACACAUUCGGCGACUGGACACAGACCUGGCUCGUUUUGAGGCUGACUUGAAGGAGAAACAGAUUGAGUCAAGUGACUAUGACAGCUCUUCCAGCAAAGGCAAAAAGAAAGGCCGGACUCAAAAAGAGAAGAAAGCUUCCCGUGCUCGUUCCAAAGGGAAAAACUCAGAUGAAGAAGCCCCUAAGGCUGCCCAGAAGAAGCUAAAACUUGUGCGCACAAGUCCUGAGUAUGGGAUGCCCUCAGUGACCUUUGGCAGUGUCCAUCCCUCUGAUGUGUUGGAUAUGCCUGUGGAUCCCAACGAACCCACCUAUUGCCUUUGUCACCAGGUCUCCUAUGGAGAGAUGAUUGGCUGUGACAACCCUGAUUGUUCCAUAGAGUGGUUCCACUUCGCCUGUGUGGGGCUGACGACCAAGCCUCGAGGGAAAUGGUUUUGCCCACGCUGCUCCCAAGAACGGAAGAAGAAAUAGAUAAGGGCCUUGGAUUCCAACAGAGUUUCUUCCACAUCCCCUGACCCGGGCUAGUGGGGAGAGGAAUGCCUGUGCUGGGGCCAGGGGGUUCAAGGUGAAGUGGAUGGUGCAGUGUUAUCAUCCCUUCUCCUCCCCUCUCCCUACUCCUGGUGCUGAGGCUGCAUCCAAAUCCUGGUAGGGAGGGCUGCCGCAGCCACUAAGGAUGUGUGCUGCCAUUCAGCCCACCCCCUUCAGAGGGAAGUGGUCUUGCCCACUCUCCUUUUGCCUCCAUGCUGAGGUUGGUGCUGUAUUUCCGAGGGAUGGUCCUCUUACUCCCCUUGCUUUGUAUUUAAGGACUUGGGCAGUAGCAUGGGGGCGCUCCCCCAGCCCUACUAAUCCCCCCCCCCCCGUGGGGGUUGGCUAUUGUGUAAUAAACUUUCAUCAUUCUCUUCCUGCUCUUUCCACGUGGGGGUUCCCCCAGUUUAUCUGGGCUGUGGCCCUAAUUGAAGGGGCACCCCUUCCUCUGUGCCAAGAGGAUUCACCCUGGCCCUGUGAACGGGAGAGGGAGAGGGGGCAAGGUGGACUGCAGAUAAGUCACAUGUAAAGGAACUUGGGUAGGAGAAUAAAAGCUGUACCUGGUGGCCUGCUGUGUUUUUUGUAGAGACAGCAUUUUAGUACAUGUGCUAAGCAUUUUUUUUUUGUUUUGCAUCCUUUGGGUUUGAUAAGAGGCGGGAAGAUGACAUGCCAGAAGUAGGACAGGACAUGGAACCAGAAGUACACCAGGAUGCACAAGUUCUCAACCUGGGAAGGACAGAGCUGGCCGGGGGUGUGUGCCUCAGACCAGGGGUUUCCAAAACUUAAAAUUAUGUAUCUUUUCUCCAUAAAACAUCUGCCACUUAA